AAUAUAUAUACUAAUGAGUAGAACUAGUAGAUGCAUGGAGACGUCAGUAUCGGAGAUACCAGUCAACUUACAGGAUGCUCUAUCCUCGGCCUUCUUCCGCGCCUUAUUCUCGGCCUAACGAUACUGCGAUAUCCUCCUGCAGACGGACAGGAAGCCGGCCCCGAGGUCGCGCAUCAACCCCCUCCCGACGAGCUAUAAGUAACGCAGGUCAUCCUGUGACUUCCAGCAACCACCACCCCGAAUCACGACCAUCAAUCCCACGUCAUUAUGUCAUUUUCCGUACAAGGACGAUCUGCUAUUGUGACAGGCGCAGGAUCCGGCAUUAACCUGUCCUUUGCCAAACUCCUCCUCGAGCGAGGAUGCAACGUCCUGAUUGCCGAUCUCGCUCUGCGUCCAGAGGCACAGGCCAUCGUGGAUCAGUACUCGAUCCAGACGAAGACUCCACGAGCCGUCUUCCAAAAGACCGAUGUCACCGACUGGAGACAACUCGAGCGCAUGUUCGAGGUGGCUGAGCAAGAAUUCGGAGAAAUUGACAUCGUGUGUCCCGGCGCUGGUAUUUUUGAGCCGCACUGGACGAACUUCUGGCGUCCUCCCGGCACGCCCGAGAGCAGAGACCCACGAUAUGGAGGUCGAUUUGCCCUGCUGGACAUCAACCUCACCCAUCCGAUCCGUACAACCCAGCUAGCAAUUGCUCACUUCCUUCGCCAUGGGAGCAACCAACGACGCAAACACAUCGUCCAUAUCUCCAGCAUCGCCGGCCAAAACUCAAACCUUUGCGCUCCGAUAUACGUCGCCACCAAGCAUGGCAUCAAUGGCUUGGUGCGAUCGCUGGCGAGCCUUGAUCGCAGAUGCGGGAUCCGCGUCACGGCUGUUGCGCCAGGAGUCAUCAAGACGCCUCUAUGGACGGAUCAUCCGGAAAAGCUGAAGAUAGUGGACGAGAGGGCGGAUGAAUGGGUGACACCCGACGAAGUGGCUCAGGUCAUGCUCGCGCUUAUUCAACAGGACAAGGUUAGUGGGAUCAUUGGGGAUCAGGAGGGUCGGCAUGGUCCUCAAUUCCCAGUAAGUGGCGGAACCAUCCUGGAGGUGUCCAAGACGGUGCGUUCGGUGGAGGCCUUCAAUGACCCGGGGCCUGGGAAGCGACCGGGAAAUACCGCAUCUGAUAAUGAUGCGUUGGUCGAGGAGACUUUUGGCCUGCUGUCACAGAGCGGAUGGGGAAUACCGAAGUUGUAGAUGAAUUGCAGCGACUAUAAUCGGACCGUCAUAUACUUUCUUGCGAAGUUUGUCUGUCUCUCAGAGAAAACCCUUUACCGUCUGUAGGAUUCCG